AUGAAGGUCACACUUCAUGCCCUUGCGGCUGCUGCUGCACUUGCAACUCCGACCCUGGCUGCCCUGAAGCCUGGAUCGGCGACCAAGAUCUCGCCACCUCCUAGCCACGGUUUCAUCAUCGAGCUUGAACCCAAUGCAUCUAUCAACGGCCGCGCUGUAGGCGAAGUUGAUGCUCAUUCCGCUUUCCAUCGCCGAGCUCAGGAGGUUGUGGACUACACCGUCCGUCACGAGUUCAAGAACGCCGAGUACUUCUACGGACUUUCUAUCAACGCCAAGAACGACACGGAUAUCACGGCUUUGCUCGCUCUCCCGCAAGUCAAGCAAGUCUGGCCCAAUCGUUACUACGAACGCCCUGCUCCUGUGGUUUCAGGCCGAGUGCCCCCGAAAGAUCCAAACGCCUCUGUUCCAGUUGGCGUCCAGCCGAUUCACCUGCGAGAUGUCGCCAAGGUCACCACCGUCAACGGAACCAGCGAUGUUCUGUCCAGCUUGAAGAUGACCGGAGCCGACAAAGUCCAUGCUCAGGGACUGACUGGCAAGGGCAUCAAGGUUGGUUUCUUGGAUACGGGUGUUGACUGGCGUCACCCGGCUCUCGGGGGUGGUUUCGGCGAGGGCUUCAAGGUUGCAGGAGGCUACGACCUAGUCGGAGACGACUUCGUCGGAUACAACGACCCUGUCCCAGACGAGAACCCGCUCACGACUUGUCUUGAUGGAGGUCACGGAACUCACGUUGCCGGAAUCAUUGCCGCAAGGGACCCAGAUGGCGUUGGCUUUGGCAUUGUCGGAGUCGCGCCUGAUGCCAGCUUGUAUGCUUACCGCGUCCUCGGUUGCACUGGUGGUGUGACGGACGACAUCCUCAUGCAGGGUUUCGAAAAGGCAGCAAGCGACGGUGUUGAUCUCAUCAGCAUGUCCAUCGGCGAGACGGCUGUCUGGGAGUCUGGCUCUCCUUACAUCCCUAUCCUUGCCAAGAUUCAAUCGCAGGGUAUCGGUAUUGUGAUUGCAGCUGGCAACGAAGGAGACCAGGGUAUUUACCUUUCCUCAGCCCCCGCGCAGGACCCCGCCGUCAUCUCUGUGGGCUCCGUCAGUGACGUCGUCUUCACUACUGUCUACAACGCUGCUGGCUCGGAUGGAUCUGUCAUUGAGUACGCGCGCGUUGUUCCUAUCAACGAUCCGGCUUCCUUCAACGUGUUCUACGCGGAUGAUGAAAACCAGAACUGCGUUGAUCAGGCAUGGACAGACGCUGUCGCGGCCUUCCCUGACAAGGAGCAUGUCAUCGUCUUGGUCGGCUCAGGUAGCAGCUGUCUUCUUGACUGGGACGUCCGCAGCAAUUCGACGGGUUUCAAGAACAUCUGGGAGUGGAUGCCUGAUAACAGCGACAUGGAGAUCGACUCUCCAGGGGCCAACGGAGAUGUUGAUAUCGUGAGACUGAAGAAGUCUUACUCGGACAAGAUCUUGGCUGGUAUUGCCGAGCAGGGCAGGAACUUCACGUUGACCUUCAAGGACCAGGCAGUCCACCAGAUUGAGCAGCCUACUGGAAACACCACAUCUUGGUUCUCAACCUUCGGACCGACCAUGGAAAUGUCUCUGAAGCCCCAAGUCUCAGCACCUGGUGGUACCAUUCUCAGCACUUGGGUCACCUCCAACGGCUGGGGAUACGCAAUCAUCUCUGGAACCUCCAUGGCCACCCCUCACAUUGCUGGAUGCUAUGCACUGCUGAAGCAGAAGUUCCCCAACCUCAGCCCCAAGGAGAUCGGAAGACGUCUUCAGUCAUCCGCUACUCCUCUUGAGCAGUACGAGGGGAACGGAAUUCUUACCACGGCAGCGCAGCAAGGUUCUGGCCUGGUCAACAUCCUGAAGGCGGUCUCUUCCGAAACAGUGUUUUCUGCAACUGAGUUCAACCUUGGUGACACAGCUACCCCGGCUAAGCAGAACUUCACAAUCGAGAACCAGUCCGCAGAGUCGAAGACGUACGCCAUUGGACACAAGGGCGCCGCUGAAGUUGAUGCUCUCCCUAACGUCAAGACCCUUGAUGUGAACGACAUGUUCUACUGGAGUCUCAACUUCAACGCCAUCUACGCCGAACUUGCCUUCUCCACAGACUCAAUCACCGUCCCGGCCGGUGGCAAGGUGACCGUGGAGUUCACUGUCACGCCUCCCAACAUCGACCCAAGCCUGGUGCCUGUUUACAGCGGCUUCAUCACCGUGACCGAGGGCGUCAAUGAGUUCGUCCUUCCGUAUCUCGGCAUUCCGUACACCCGCGGUGACCUCUCCAACAUCUACACGGGCGACGUCAAGAAUCUUGUCCUUGACCCGAAGCCUCCCGCCGGCGUCCCCACACUGCCUUUCGUCACCGCAGGCGAUACCGGCGUCCGCAACAACGACAGAAUGGUCUACAACUUUCCUGCAAAGGAUGUUCCUGAGGGCCAGACUCGUCCUCUGGACAACAACCCCGUCAUCACGCUUUUCAUUGACCAGCCUUCGGCGUAUGUUCGCUUGGAUGCGGUACCCGUCGAUCUCGCUUCCAACCCUGCCUACGGCUUCACACCCUUAUCUCUUGGCUACGUCCCCGGGGCCACUUCCAACUCAACUGGUUUCUCCAACUCCACUACAACCCGCCCUCCCUUGGAUCUUGACUCCCUCGAUGACUUUGCCGGAGUCAAGAGCUACGGUCUCAUUGGUUCCAUGUACGGCGGCGACAAGCCCAAGUACACCACCUCUAUUUUGUACCGUGGCUACAGCGUCUACGCCACAGAAUGGAGUUGGGCGGAGGUUGAGUUGGCUAACGGAACAUUGUAUCAACUCCCCAACGCCGAUUACCGUGUUCUUGUCCGCGCAUUGAGAUGGGGAGGAGACAUCAACAACUCCAGCAGCUAUGACAGCUGGCUGAGCCCCGUCAUCAACGUUAACAUCACGGAUCCCGGAUAUCCCAACCCCUGGAAUUCAAUCUAA